UCGCUUUGAAAUAACAAAAGAAGCAUCACGCAUUUACUCACUCACUUUCAUUAAUAAUACAAGUUUUCUUUCUUCCAGUGUUUGUUUAGUGAGUGGAGUGCAGCAAGUUCAAGUUCGUUGUGUAUAACUAGUUAACUUGUAAAAAGUAUUGACUCCGAUAAUCUCAGGGUACCAGUUUGUAACCAAUUUGUCAUUGAGUAGAAAAUGAUGAAACAUCAGGACAACAAUCAGCCUCUUGGUGGGGUGACAAUCAAAACAGAACCUGGUAUUAAAACUGAACCAGGGACAUCGUCUGGUCCCGUCAUGCAAAGACUGCCUUCUCUUCGGCCUCCGAGAGAUCUGUCGCUAUCAGCCUACAGUCAGAAAAUACCAAAUUUGAACCAAUCAAAAAACAAAAAAGUCUACGUACCAAACUUGAAUGUGCAGCGUAACAAGCCUGCCGAAACUGUCACCACAAAAAAAGAACAAGUGAAACCAAAUUUGACCCAAAAAACUGAAAGAAGCAGAGGAAGAGGCAAAAGAACACUUAUUCAGCUGAACCAGUGUGUGUUUUCCGAGGGUGUGCCUGGAGCUAAGCCUGGAGGGGGAAGAGGUCGGCCGGGUGGAGGGGGGGAGGCAUCCAACUCCGUACUUAAGAGGCCUACACUCAAGUUAAAGGAGAAUCUAAAAGUAGACAAGAAAGAAGAAGAAGAUACAAUGAAACAAUUGCUUAAAGAUGACUUUGUUGAUGAUCCCAAUCUGGAACCGGACUUUGACAACUGUCCCAUCACGUUACCGCUGCUAAACAUUUUAUUUCUAGUUUUGGAUGAUCCCGGCCUAAAGAAAAGAUCUGAUGUGAAACCUGUCAUCAAAAAAGAAGAUAUUUCAAUUAACGAUGUUUUCUGCGACACUACAAAACCUGAUCCUGGUUUUAUCUUUCUACAGCUACCCAAUACUAUGCCAGGUCUGAAUCCAGAAACAACAGUGGAUGGACAAAAACCUAAUGCACAAUCCACUGUGCAGGCCGACCAACCUACAGAAAUUAAGCCAGAGAACAAUCGAUGUUUGCUGUCAACACUGCCUGGUGGUCAGAUUGGGAAACUCCAGAUACUUAAGUCAGGUCGAGCAAGACUGAUUUUCGGAGACACAGCGAUGUGGCUUGAGAUGGGCACACAAGUCGCUUUUCAACAGGAAGUAGUGUCAACUCAGUUAAACAAGGAGAAUCACACCGGUCACAUUAUAAACAUUGGAUCACUGAAUGUUCGAAUGGUCGCAAUGCCCGACUGGGAAGGGCUGAUGUCAAAACUUAACACUCAGACUAAUGUCAAGCUAUAACAAUGGUAUUGACAAAUAAGUUGUGUUAGUGUGUGUGUGUGGCCCAAUCAAUAGUUAAGUUUUGACAGAUAAAAAUAUACCAUAGCUACAAGCAAAAUAUAGGAUAAUGUAUUUUUAUUUUUAUAGAAAUUUGGUUUAAGUUUUAUUUAUACAAAAUGUUAAAAAAUAGUUUUUUAUAGAAAAUUGUAGAUAAAGAGUAGAAGAGUUCACUUUGGCUCAAGAAAAAAAACUUAAUAGUAAUUCUAUAAAGAAAAAUUAAAAUAUUUCAUUGUCGCUCACAGUAAUUGUUUCAAGGAGGGUUUGAGUUGAGAAGAGACCUGUCUUUCAGAACCGUCCUUGUUUGUAAAAUGCUAUCUCAGUGAAAUAUUCUGAUAUUUGUAUAAAACGUAGAUUUUUUUAGGAUUCAUUAAUCAUUUUGGAAAGUGGGUACGCUUUUUUAUUCAGGUAAGCCAGUUAUCCCAACCAAAGUCCUUAAAACCUAGAUCCUUGUGCUACAUGUUAAAUCCUUAAAUUGAAAAAGAAUGGUUCUCAGUCUGCAAGUUUUCUGAUUUAAAACCACAAUCAUAUUCUUUUAAAAUAUUUUGUUUUAUUGGUAUUUAUUGACUAACCAUUACUAGUCUUGUGUAUAGUCCUGUUGUAUUUUUUAUUUCAUUCUCAAUGAUAUUUUUAAAGUGUUUUAAUUUAAAGUUUUGUAAAUACUGUAAAUAUUUCAUGUUAACGUUAAUAUUUAUGAACUAUACAUAGUGUGGCUGUUAAAGACUGAAGUAGGUAUUCAAAUAAAUAGUUUCAUAGAAAUGAUUGUUAUGUAUUUGAUUAUUGUAAAUAUUUUUGGAUAAUAAA